UCCAUCUUGCGAGCUGUUGCUGUAUAAAUCCACGCACGAGAGGUCAGAUCUCGAGGACGAAGCGGCAUCUCCGCCUCCUCCCUCUCGUUCUGAGAAGGCUCGGAGUCGGAGGAUGUUGCUACGGAGCUCAUCCACGCCAUUCCUGCACCCCUUCCUCUCCUCCUUUCCCUCGUCCCCUUCCUCCCUGCAGCUCCGCCGAGCCUUCUCCGAUAGCCACAUCCCCUCCCUCCACCGCCUGUCGUCCACCACCCCAAGCGGCGCAAGCAAACCCACCUCCGGCGGCCUCCACACGGAGCUCCCGUUCUCCAUCUACAACACCUUCGGCGAGCACGGCGGCGCCGAACCGCUGGCGUCCCAGGAGGAGCCUCGCCACGACGAACCGGAGCUGCUGCUGCAGCAGCGCACGUCGCAGCCGGACCACCCGGAGGUGCCGCUGUUCCUGGCCAGGGGCCUCGGGAUCGACCGCAUCGCCUCCGGCUUCUUCACCGCCGGCACCGACAAGACCAAGCAGGGUGCGGGAGCCAAAAUGGAGGGCGUGGAGGAGCGGUUGGCGCCGCAGGACGAGGCGGUCGCCGCGCUGGACGCGCAGUACAAGCGGAUGGUGGACGAGCAGCCCGGCAACGCGCUGUUCCUCCGCAACUACGCGCAGUUCCUGCACGAGGUGAAGGGCGACCCGAGGAGGGCGGAGGAGUAUUACUCGCGCGCCAUGCUCGCCGACCCCAGCGACGGCGAGAUCAAGUCGCAGUACGCGAAGCUGAUCUGGGAGGUGCACCGCGACCAGGAGAGGUCCCUCGGCUACUUCCAGAAGUCGGUGCAGGCCGCCCCACAGAACAGCCACGUCCUCGCCGCGUACGCCAGCUUCCUGUGGGAGCAGGACGACGACGACCUCGGGCAAGAGGAGCAAGGCGCGGGUGGAGCUGGAGCGCCGGAUCAGCGCGCGGCGCAUCAGGCCGGGCAAGUGAGGGAACUGGCUUCGGCGACCGUCUGAUGCCGUCCGGGUCCGGGAGCAGCGCGUGGGCGCGCUAGCGAUGACGUGUAAUGUAAACCUGCAAAAUGUUUGAAGUAAUGGGCGAAUGAAUAAGGUAGAAGAGUCUGGAGCGUUGGAAGAUAGCCAUCAUGUAGUCUGUAAACUCUAUGAUAGUCUGAUGAUGAAGAACAGGUCCCAUGUUAUGCAUUGA